AUGAGAAUCGACGGAGGCGAUCAGUACCCUCCGCUUACGGUUCCGGAGUCGGCGUUGGAGGCGGUGAGACGGCUGGCGACCGGCAACGCGGUUGUGGUGUUCACAAUGAGCGGCUGCUGCAUGUGCCACGUGGUGAAGCAGCUGCUCUUCGGCCUCGGCGUCGGCCCUACCAUCGUGGAGCUCGACCCCCAGAAGGCUCCCCUCGCCGUUGAAAUGCAGGCGCUGCUCUACCAUCUAGCCGGAGGACGCGGCCACCAGCCCCUCCCAGCCGUCUUCGUCGGCGGCAAGUUCCUCGGCGGCGUCGAGACCGUCAUGUCCUCCCACAUCAACGGCACCCUCGUCCCUCUCCUCAAGGACGCCGGCGCUCUUUGGCUCUGA